UAUAUUAAAAAAUGUGAAUGAUGCAGCUAUAAAACGAAGGCAAAACAAACACGUAGAGAGAUGAUAGCUAGCCUUAUAAAAAAACAACUUAAUUUUUGCCAACAUCAAUAAUGGAAGCUAUUUAAUUCUGUUCUUCUGCGUCGCUUCUUGCAUUUAAAACAAGAUAAUUAUAUGCCAACGUCUCAGAGAAGGACUAAAGAUUAAACAUUGGAGGCGCGUAAUGGAAAGAAUCUUAAUUGCUCUUAUAACAGUCUUUUAAUCAUUGCAGCCUCCGAGAAAAGAGAAUCAGAAACUGAUACACUCUGGGUCUAAUGCAAUCGCACUAAUCUUAAUUAUAUUAUUUACAUUUUCAAAAUAAUGUAUACAAUCUUUUCUAGCUGCCAUGCAUUUAUAUUCAAAUUUUUAUUUACUUUAAUUAUUACAGUAGUGUAUUAAUUAUUAUUUUGGUUUUGUAAAAAAAUAUCAUUAAAUAUAACAAAAUACAAAGUUUUCUUGUUAUUACAUUCAACAAAGUAUUUCACGUGUUUGAAAAAUAUUACAUAGCAUAUAUUGAAAUAUAAUAUGUAUAUAACAUUAAAAAUCCUAAAUUUUUCAAAUAUUUAAUUAACUUUCGCUUUUCUAUUGAUUUAACCGAGACGAAGACUGAAAGUACGACGCGGAUUAAAAAGAAGUUUAUUAUGUGACUAAAAUUAUUUAUUUGUUAAAAUUAAAUUAAAUCUUGAAAAAUAUUAAGCAAUGUCCUUGUCAAAUAAUUAUUUGUAUUUACAACAAAUGGGAUAUACGAACACGGAACAGCUAGGCUGGAUUAUAUCGAAUGUUUGAUCUAUAUCUCCCUAUUAGGAUAUCGUAAUUAAGGAUAUCGCCAUUAGAAUAACAGAUCUAACGGAUUCUUAUCCGUUUCGUCAGCAUAUAAUAUACUGAGGUUGCAUGCGCGACUAUCGCAAUUUCCGCGCGAUGUGUAAUCAUCAUUGAUUCUCGAGCGGUCGGGGGGGACGACUCCGGCUCUCGUUUACGUCUGUUUAUUGGUUUAUUCCUAGCGGUUCGAGUAACUUCGGGAACUCUGUAUGUUUCCGAUAAAUGAGUUUGGGGGGGAAGGACGAGAGAAUAAAAAGAAAAAGAGAUAUAUAGAUACGAAAAAAAGGGGAGCACGACGUGACGCGCGCGCGGCAGCGACGUACGCUGCACUGACACCUGCGAGAGAGAGAACAGAGAAAUAGAGAGACUGAGAAAGAGACGCGCGCGCGGCGCCCAUCGUCCCGGAUCCAGGCGCGCCGCCGUAUAACACGAUCGCGUACGGAGGCGGAAGCGAGGAGAGCGCGCGGGGUCCGUCCUCGCGAAGAUAGAAGUCUCGAUCUCGCGCGCCGGGAUCCCUUUCGAAGAGGCCGCCGCCGCGCGCCACGGUCAUCGGCCAUUUUGCCAGGCCAAGUGGGGACCACUCAACCACUGCCCACUUGCCACUGUGGGACCGUCUCUCUCUCUCUUUCUCUGACUCCGAACUCCGACUGAGCACCACCACGCCGCCCGCACCGAUUCCCCGAUCGCGAGGAGGUGCGUUCCGGUCACGGCGACGCGACGACGCGACAACAACGCAGUUAGCAGUCAUCGUCGACGCUGCUACGUCAUCGCUGCAGCGGGACUCGCGCGACGACGGCGACGGCCAUCCGCAGCGCCUCGACGUCGUCCCCGAGCGCGAGCGCGCUCGUGUGUAUAAACUGGUAUAAACGCGUCCGCCGCCGCUCGUGUGUCGCGUGCCGUGCGUGACGUCUAACCUAUUUCAGACUCCGUUCCGAACCCCGCGGGAGCGAGCGAGCGAACCACGACUCCCGUCUUUCGCGCGCGCGGAGAGAUGCGAUCGUCGCGACGACGGCCGACGACCGAUCCGCCGGGCGUCGACGUCCGCGAGUGAGAGAGAGAGAGAAAGCAUCCGCGGCGGCGUCCGCGCCGAGGAACGGAGCGCCGUGUCCGAGCUACUUGUGCGGAGGAUCCUCGGGAGGAUGCACGGCAACGCGCGUGGGACAUCCACCUCGUAGAGCGGACUCAAGGACGUCGAUUGAGGCGGAGCCUCUAUCCUCGUGACUCCGAGCAAUAACACAAACGAUCGCCGAGGAAUACUCCACUCCAUUGCAGGUGGACACGUAUCGAUGGUUAUAAUCAGAGUAUUUUUGUAAGAUUGUAAACCUAUAAAAGGGAGAAUUGUUGCGGGGCAUAGGAAACCUCACGCUAUUUCGAGUGCCACCUAUGCGAGGAAAGUUUUUUAAAACAGCCAGCUCAGUGCCAUGUACGGAAACGACCUGACUAGUCAUUGAGAUUGACGCUGCUAUGCCUAUGAUAUGAGGAAUACUGGAAGCGAGACUUGACCAAAAGUGUUUCUUUGGAUAGUCCACAUCACUUGGGAAAUAUGGAUGACCGAAGGGUGGCGGAUUACUUUGUCAUCGCCGGUCUACCUGGUCAGGACGACGAUCCCAGCGAGGACAACGAGACCAACAACAAGUUGGAAAUAUGGUGUCAGGAGGGCACUCAUCUCAAGGACAUGCAUAUGCCGCCUCCCAUCACGGAUCUUGCCGUAAUAUUCCCUGUGCUGGGAGAAACUUGUCCAGAGGGUUAUACAUUGUUGGAUAGCACUGUGUCUGGUUUUCCGGCAGACCUGAAUCAUGGGAGCUUACGAACAAACGAAUGCUAUCUAUGCUAUAGAAGAGGCCGGGACAAACCUCCCUUGGUUGACAUUGGUAUAAUAUACGAUGGAAAGGAACGUAUAAUGCAAGACGCUGAGAUGAUAUUAGAGACCCCUAAGGGUCAUGUGGCCAAUGUGAAUAAUUCUACUUCGAAAAUUUUUGUAACAUAUAGACGAGCGAGUCGGAAGAUGCCUUGCAACUCUCUUGUGGUCACAGAUAUAUGCGUUAUCCUGACGAAUAAGGGAGAGAGUCCACCACAUGCUUUCUGCGUCAUCAAUAAGAAUUUGAACAAGGGGAUGCUGGGCAGCGACGUGUUCUUGUGUUACAAAAAGUCUAUGAAUCGCGCCAAUCUGGUGUCAUUUAAGCCAGCGAUACUCUAUAAGUAUCCCAUGGCGGAUUACAACAGUUUUGGCUUUCCCAAUUCCGUCGCCAUGUUUUGUCUACCGAUGGGCGCGACUAUAGAAUGUUGGCCUAAAGUAGCGUGUAAACCUAAGCCGGUAUUCUCAACGUUUGUUCUGACGGUCGCCGACGCUGCUCAAAAAAUAUACGGCUCAGCAAUAACGUUUUACGAGGAGCUUGAAAUGGAGCCCGACACUUCAAACUGCAAAAAUAGUCAGGAGAUCAUGGACACAGUUGAGAAUAAUAAAAACAGUGAUAACAUGGAGAUAACUAAAGAUAAACCGCAGGUAAAAAUGAAGAUGUUCAAGAGAACCGGUAUACUAAAGAGGCUUAGUAUAUUGGAAUUGGAAAAAUUACAAUACACAGAUUCUGCGAGUCAAUCGCUGAAUAUCAGUAAAUCCAUAUGUAUAUUGUCUCACUGGCCGUUUUUCGACACGUUUGAGAAAUUCUUGGUUUUCCUGCACCGCAUGGUGAAUAAUAAACCGCAAAGUGUCCCAAUCGAGAAAUACAUCUCGUAUUUUUUAUGCGACAUACCGUUUCCGAGUCCGCAACGCCCACGAAUCCUGGUACAGCUCAGUAGUCAGGAUAGACUGAUCUUGACUCAACCAGAGGAUUUAGCCCUACCUAGAUCGGGCGCAAGUUUCAGGCAAUUGCUGAUAAACUUGGGACCUGACAACUGUUUAUUGAUAUUGUUAUUAAUAUUAACCGAGCAGAAAAUACUGGUUCACUCUUUACGCCCAGACGUACUGACUUCCGUGAGCGAGGCCAUCGCCAUGAUUCUAUUUCCUUUUAAGUGGCAGUGUCCUUACAUACCAUUAUGUCCUUUAGGAUUAGCGGAGGUGUUGCAUGCACCGUUGCCAUUCCUGAUCGGCGUGGAUUCAAGGUUCUUUGAUUUAUACGAUCCUCCUUCCGAUGUCAACUGCGUAAAUUUAGAUACAAAUAACAUUGCGAUAUGCGACGACAAAAAGUAUUUAAAUGUUAAAUUACUGCCUAAAAAGGCGGCUAGACAGCUCAGAAAUUGGUUGGAGCUUUUGUCGUCCAAGAUAAUUUCUUGGGGAAAAAGUAGUUAUUCUCAAAAAGAUAGAGGAGAUGAAGACUUCAGCGUGGACAGAGAGUUUCAACAAAAACGGAGGGAACAAGCAUUAGAGCUCGAAAUACAGGAUGCUUUCUUAAGAUUUAUGGCGACGAUUCUCAAAGGAUACCGAAGUUAUUUGUUACCGAUUACAAAAGCGCCUACCGUAGGAACAACAGACCCAACGAGUUUAUUUAAUAUCCAAGCGUUUUUGAGAAGUCGCGAUAAAGCCCACGCUAAAUUCUACACUAUGCUCGUCAGAACGCAAAUGUUUAUUAGGUUCAUAGAAGAAAGGAGUUUCGUGUCCGAUAUGGAUAUGGCGGGAUUAGCGUUUUUUGAUGAGUGUACAGAACGAGUCGAGGAGGAAAAUGUAACUCUUUUGGAACUGGAUGAAUCUCAACAUAGCGAACGUACAGUAUUUAUACCUCCGCCUGAAGCAGGGACAAAUCAAACACCAAUAAUAUACAAGUCGUUCAAGUUAAACCCAGCUCUAAUGAGGCCUCAGAAAAAUUUCUGUUUAAAGAAUCCAUCUUUAAGUGCCUUCGGUAUGGUACCUGGGAGUCCUAUGGCUCGUAGAACAAAGCAUGAAAUCAAAGUUGCUCAAAGGAUGGCUCGAAAACAAGCUGCGAUGCCUGAUAGAUGGGGUAGAUGUUUACUCGGUACAUGUCACAGUCUUUGGUUUCUGCAUUUACCAGCCAUGUUACAAGUCUCCAGCCAACCUGCUGCAGUUUUGCAUCAGGCUUAUGAGAUGUUAGUCAAAAUGCAAAAGUUACGUCUCGAUCCCAUGGAAGAGGUAUGUUACAGAGCUAUGAUGCAACUAUGUGGUGUAUAUGGGCAACCAGUUUUAGCUGUAAAGUUAUUAUUCCAUAUGAAACGCAGUGGUGUUCAACCUAACGCUUUAACGUAUGGAUUUUACAACAAGGCUGUUCUCGAGGCAACUUGGCCUUCCGACAUGACGAAUUCAAGUCAGUUAAUGUGGAAUAAAUUACGAAAUGUUAUUGUCGGAGCGGCUUUAUUUAAAAAAGCUGGGAAAAAGAGCGCUAGAAGACGAUUGAGUUCCAACAUGGAUUUUUUAACCACCGAUAAGACUGAAUGCAUGGAACAUGCGCUCUCUCGGUCUAGUCUCGACAGUUCCCAUUCUCAGGAUACUGAAGCUGCACACAGUGAUUCCACUAAAGGCAGUUCUGUGUCAGAUCUACCUGGGUUUGGAUCGUUCGAUUUAAAGGCCAAACUUCUUCGGCAGAAUAGCAUAGUGAAAGAUCAAACAACGUUAAGUAUGUUGCAAUCAGAUGAAUUGGAGCAAACACCGAGUAAUCCAAGGCUAACGCGCAGUGUCGAAUCGCCUUUAAAAAGUCCCAUACGCACACCAGUUACGGAAAAUGACCCAUUGGGUGCUCUCAUUAAUGACGAAACACCAAUCGUGUCGCCUUCCGAGGAAAAUGAUUCAAAUUGCUCAACAAGUACUUUAACUGUUUUAAAUAAUACGACUGAAGAGAGACCAGGAGGGCCACUCUUAUUUAGAAGCAACAUCCUCCCACGUAGUGCGACGUUUCAUCAAGCGGUAGAUGAAAGUGGCAUGACGGUGGGUGGGCAUUUGCAGAGGAGUGAAACAAUGCCUCACUCUGUGGCACAGCAAGGAGAACAGGAGAGAGAAAAGGAGAGACUGGAAAUAGGCGGUCUUGGUUGGAAUAAGGAUAGCGUAACAUCCAGUCUCUCUAGCUUAGGAUCUAGUCUUAAACUUAGUUUCGGACGAUACUCCACGGGUGGAUUGGCAUUUGCUAAAAAUAAGGAUUUAAUAUCGUCAAAUCAACUUAUUGAAUCUCUUAGUCUCUCCAGCUAUAUCAGCCCAUCAAGUUUAACAGGGAAAAAGUCGAACGAAAUAAUACUUGGUGGUCUGAACAGUUUGAAGUCCGCUGCGACGACUGUGGUAAAAAAAUUUGACGAGAUAAAAGAAGCGAUUUCAGCGACAAGUACGCCGGUGAAAAAUAAGGAACGUGAACAAAAAAUAGCUUACGGAAUAUCACAUGAAUCACUGGACUCUCUUACUGACGGAUCCAUACAAGAUCGAAACGAGACCAGGGCAUCAGGUGAUGGAAAUUUAGAUUUGGCUUCUUUGUACGAGCUCGCGGAGUGUCUCUAUCCAAAGAAUACUAGAGAAUUAGAAGAACGUCUUGCCAUUGAGCUUGUGCUUUCCAGUGCCAGUAGAUGCCAUCACUGUGCCGCUAUACUGUACGACGAGGAGAUAAUGGCUGGUUGGCAGCCGGAAGAUUCCAACUUAAAUACAGUUUGUCAAUAUUGCGACAAAGCUACCGUACCCCUUCUCACAGCCACGAUAUUGGAUUACAGGUGCGAGGCAAACGAGAAGAGUAACGAUCCUUUGACAGAGGCAUUGAUAGAAUUGCUAGAUCAACCAAAAGAAUCGUUGGAACCAAUAACCGUACCAUAUCUGAAUCCAUUAGUUCUAAGAAAAGAAUUGGAGAGUGUGCUGAGUCAAGAGGGGGACGCGUGUCUCACCAAACACAGGUUUAUUCAGGAGCAUCCAAUAGUAUACUGGAACCUGAUAUGGUACUUUGAAAGAAUUAAUUUAACGAGUCAUUUACCUGAUCUCUGGUUAAACAACGAUAAGAACUUAGAACUUCAAAGAACUGUUGGAUCGGUGGGAGUUAGAACCAUGUGGGACAACGAACGAUUACACAUGGAUCGCUUACCUAUGUAUCUCCAAUGGAAGUCGAAUUUUACAGAAGACAGAACAUUGAUGCAGGCAGUGAUAACGUAUGUUCGUUGCAACGACUUAGCGGAACCUAUAAUAAGAGUGGCCUUAGAAAGAAGUAAACAUCAAAUAGACGAUCCUCCGUUUUCUAUAUACAGGGAUAUACUGUUCCUGGCGUUUACCAUAUUAGGGAGAACGAAUAUUGACCAAGGUGUUUUCGAUAGGGAAUACAGUUUAUCGUUAGAGAAAUUCUCUGAAAACGAAGAAAAAUUAUUGCAUAAAAUUGAUGCGCCGCCGACGAUGAUGUCGGUCUACUGCAGGUAUUAUUUCAAGCAACUAAACGUAUGAGGAUUGCACGAGCAGCCGAAGAUACUUGAGAAAAAUUGUCUCGUUUGAGACAUUGGAGGAGAUGUGAUAUAUUGCGUAAAUAAUUCUCGCGAGUGCGAAUGUUGGGUAUUCGCGCGAGAGAUACGCGCAAUGUUAAAAAAAGAAUUCUAUUACAUCCCGAGAUGUCUAACGUCGAGACGACGGCUGCUAGAUGUUGAAUGUUUAUUAUUAUCUAACACGGAGGACUAUUAAUGUUAUCGACGAUGAAUUACGCUCGAGUUCGAUCUACAGCACCGUUUCUCGAAAUGCGAUCGACGUCACAGCGUCGACGUGCGAACUAACGUUACCUCAUCCUCGUUUCUUUAUAAGACUCCGCUUAUACUCGCUGACAUCCGUGAUACUUGUCUUUGCUUGCGCAAAAAAAAACAGAUCGUUAAAUUCGAGGACCCAUUUGGGAAUUUUCGAAUCACGAUCACGCACGCGAAAACUGACGGAAGUAGCCAUCGGAUCGGUUGCAUCGAUAUCAUUUUAACGCUGAAUUAUUAAUUAAUUGAAGUUACUUUUAUCACGACAGUUAUCACGAAGUUAUCACGACAGAGGACUGUGAUGUAGAAAAGAACGGAGAAAUCGUUAACCACAUUGGAAUUAUCGAUGCUACCAAUCGCGAGAUCAGUCAGUGCAAUAGAAGUUGAACGAUAAUAUUUUUAACUAAUCGUACAUCUCUGAUCUUUAUAUGUUUAUAAUAUAAUUGUUUUAACAGUUAUCGACUUUUUUUAAUUAAUUAAUAUAAAUCGGGUCGCGCCUCUGUUUUGUGAUUCAGUAAUUUGUGCAGCGCAUUAAGGGUAUCUAAGAGUACAACAUCGAAAAAUGUUAAGUACCAAAGAAUUUACGAACUGUAAAGCGACUGCAAGUUCAAUUCCCUCCAGGUGUGCUGUGACCUUAAAUACGUUUCAGUCCAACACGUAAUAUCCAUAAUGUAAAGAAGAAAGGAAAGAAAGGGCGGUAUUAAACGAAGCAACCUCCCUUAUACCAACUAUUUUUUUUACCGCGAAAGAAGUAGAGAGAGAGAGAGAGAGAGAGAAAGUGCAACGUAAAGUAUAACGUGUGACAUGACGAAACGCAGUAUUCUUUCCUUGUACUCUUAGAUAGAAACGAUCGUUUAUUGCACGACAAAACACACAGCGUAAGAAUCGUUUCUCUGUGUCCCAGGUGAAAAGUGUUCUUUACAGGGUGUGGCGCGUCGAACUCGAAUUACUUUUCUUGAAAAUGUAAAUGCUUAGCGUGAGAGUGAAUAUUUUUAUGAAUUUUAGACAAUUCGAAGCAUUUGUAAUAGAUUAGCGAAAAUAAUUAGAUGACGCUGCCCACGAAUUAUUCUAUGUCCACAAAAUGGAAAAGAGAUAUUCGUCGCGGGCAAGGAAACUCACAUGAACGCGGUCUUUCAUUGCCGUGCACUUUUCACUCUGGACAACGUGGAUGAAUGUAUGUAUGUACAUUCAUUCAUUUCAUUGCUAUGAAUGUAGAUCAUGAAAAUAAAGUCAGUUGAGAUAUUUUACAAAA